CAUUCUCGAACCAUGUCUCGCCCAACCUCCCACGCAGCGAACCGCCCAUAACCCGCCAAAACACCCACACCGCCACAAUGCCACCCCCGCUCCCAACCCUGCUCACCCUCCCCCUCCUCCUCGCCCUCGCAGCCACCCUCCUCCUGGCCGCGACCCUGCGCCUCCUCGCCAUCCUGCCCGGCGCACACCCACAGCGCCCGCGCCGUCUACAUCCGCGCUCCCGCCGCAGCCCGGCGCGUCUCCUCGUCGUGCUCGGCUCGGGCGGCCACACGCACGAGAUGCUGGCGCUGCUGCGCGGGCUGGACACGCGGAAGUAUGGGCACAGGACGUAUGUGGUGAGCAGCGGAGACGGGUUUAGCGCGGGGCGGGCGCGGGCGUUUGAGCGGGGUUUGGAGGAGGCGGCGGUGCGGAGACGGGGGGACGCGGAUGCGACGGGGGUGGAGACGGAGCACGCAAAGGGCACGCAGAAACACGCAGACGCAGACACAGACGCGAACGCAGACGCGAACUCCGACACCCGCUGGCAGCACGCCGCGCACCUCGGCCCCGCGCACUACACCAUCCACCCCAUCCCCCGCGCCCGCGCAAUCCACCAACCCCUCCUCACCACGCCCCUCACCGCACUCCGCACCCUCCUCGCCGCCCUCCCACUCCUCUGCCCCCGCUCCGCACCCCCGCCCGACCUCAUCCUAACCAACGGCCCCGCAACCUCGGCAAUCAUCAUCCUCGCCGCGCUGAUCCUGCGCUUCUUCAACGUCCGCGGCGUCGAGAGCGGGGGGCUGUGUCGCACGCUGUAUGUCGAGAGCUUUGCGCGCGUGAACAGGGUUAGUCUGAGUGGAAGGCUGGUGGUGAGGGGGGUCGAUCGGUUUGUUGUGCAGUGGGAGGGGCUGGAGGGGUAUGGCGGGCGGGCCGAGUAUGGGGGGGUGCUUGUUGGGUGAGCCGCGGGGCGGGUGCGGAGUGGGACAUGCGUGGAGUACAGCAUACACCCACGUGCACCACGCUCGACUCUACUCGCGCACACCUGCACCGCACACCCCAUGCCCGACGAUCCAACGCGACACGCACCGCAUCUGGGACCCCCCGGGCCACCCCGCACACGCAGACCAUGCGCAAGAUCCAAGCCGCCGCAAGUGCAAUCCCGGAUACCC